AUGGCGUCAUUGCUAUCAUCACUGCUUCUACUUGGGGCUGCCAUCUCACCGGCACAGGCACGCGUAGCAGCUUGGUGGAACGGCGUCGGGCCUCAAGUGAUUGUCCAGAACGAGACAACUGGACUCAUCCGAUACAGCAGAUGCAACCUCUUUGACAACCCAAAAUACUCUUACACCGACGGGAGUGUCUUCUCCCUUACAUACAAGCCCAAGAACGACACGCCUCUGGCUGGCUCGGGGUACUGGUCGAACGAAUUCACAGCUGCCUCGAUCUACUAUCUGACCGAAAGAUAUGAGAUUGCCAACGGUCUGUUCCACUGCAACAUGACUACCGGGCUCUUUGAAAGCAAGGGGAACUGGAUCAUCAGCAAGCCAUCGCCUAGCGUUCAUCAAAACACCGGAUUGGCUUCUUUGCUCCUGGGUGAAGAGGGAGGAUAUCGGCUGUUUUAUCACAAUAAGGAUGGCCAGGUUGCCCAACUUGGUUAUACGAGAGACGACGGCCAAUGGUUGUACAAGGGCAUGGUCAGCAAAGAUGUCAACACUGUACCCGCUCUUGGGGCUGCCCACUCUGGAAAGGAGAACAUCACGGUUGUAUCUACCAGGGACUUGAGCAAUAUUGGGGUUACAAGAUGGAAUAGUGCUGGGACUUGGUGGAGGUCCACGCUACCCCAAGCCUUGGAAAAUGAAACCGAUGUGAUCACCAGCAAGACGAACAAGACCGAAAUUUCAAUCAAUGCAACGGCACCAGUCAACUUCACCUUGCCUGCUUAUGAUGCCGCCACCAAGGGAAUGGGGAUCAGCAUCGACAGGAACUACACACGUUUCAUCUGGUACAUUGGCACCGAUAAGAAGAUCCAUCAGAUCGGAAACACAAACUAUUUCUGGAGUAUCCGAGAGAACCAGACCGAAUCAUUCUGGCCCGAGGCAGAUGAGCCCAACGCCAGCGUCGGUGUUGCUUUCGACUUUUCAUCCAGUCUGGUGCACCUCUACUAUAUGGCGAAGGGAAAGCUCGUCCAAGUCAAGUACGAAAACGAAUCUUGGAAGGCAUGGUCAAAUGUGCCUGAGCCCCCCGCCGAACAAACCACCACGGACCCCACUCCCGCUGGACCUACCACCACGGAAUCCCCUGUUUCUGAACAAUCGGAUGUGCCAAACGAGGGUCUCUCCACCGGUGCUAAAGCUGGGAUCGGAGUGGGUGUAUCACUUGGCGUCAUUGCUGUUGGAGUGCUCAUUGCAGUUAUCGUGUUGCUGAAGCGUAAGAAGCACGAGGGAUUCGAACACCCGCCCCAACAGCACACGGACGACGGCUCAACGAUUGCUCCCACCACCCCUGCGCCAUCAUACGGUGUCCCUCACCCCCAAAACCCAUCGAUGGUUCACUACAACAACAUUGCUCCUCAGUAUCACAACUACCAAAUGGCGCAGUAUGAUGGUUACGCCUGGGAUCAGAAGUAUGCUCCUAUCACAUCAAACUCCCCACCAGCAUCACAGCCAUAUAGUUCUCCCCAGUCAACAUACGCCGCAAUGCCAAUCCAGCAGCUUGACUCGGAGACCCGUCCGACAGAGCUGUAUGCUCAGCCUCUAUAUGAGCUCCCAAACCAGACGAAUUCUCAUGAACUGGGUGGCAGAGCCAAAGAAAACCGUGGCCGAGCACCAGGAAAUGUACGAAACGCAACCGUUGGAACACACACCGGCGGGCGAAGUAUCAGCAGCAACACCAACAACAGCAACAACAGGCCC